CCCCCUCCGCCCCCACUUAUACUUUGCACGGCGUUGGACAUGGAGCCGCCGCGACUCUUUUGAUGCACGCCGGACGGCUUCUGUUUGGUUUUGGGGUUUUUUUCUUUUUUUUUUUUUUUUUUUUGGCAGGAUUUUCCUCUGUACGGUUCCCCAGCGGUGGACCCUUCCCCAUCCUUCCCCGUCUCCUUGAGUUAGUUCCCCGCACACUCGGGAGCCUCGCAGCCUCCUGGACUGAAUGCAACUUUUUUUCCUCCCUCCGCACCUCUUCCCCUUUUGCUGAUCCCUGUCAGCAGGGAUCGGAAAAAAAAAAAACAAAACCAACAAAAAACAACAACAAAAACAAACCCACAAACCCACCCGGCGAGGAGGAGGCAGAAAGGGCUGUGCGUGCAUGUGUAGCUGCUGCUGGUGCUCAGGACCCGAAUCUGUAGGUGUGUGUUGAAAUAUGGAGAAUAGUCUUGGAUGUGUUUGGGUACCAAAGCUGGCUUUUCUCCUCUUCGGUUUUACGCUGGCAAGCCUGCAUCCUCGAGUCUCCGGUUCACAGAUUAAUACUUUUACAUCAUUGAGGUUCUUGACUGAGCCUUCAGAUGCUGUCACCAUGCGUGGAAGCAAUGUGCUGUUGAACUGCCUAGCAGAGUCGGAUCAAGGAGCUCCGGUUAUUAAAUGGAAGAAAGACGCAGUCUUCUUAAACCUGGCAGUUGAUGAACGGAGGCAGCAGCUGGCCAACGGAUCACUCUUGAUACAAAACAUAGUCCACUCCAGGCACCACAAGCCAGAUGAAGGUCUCUACCAGUGUGAAGCAUCUCUAGAAGGCAUUGGAGCUAUCAUCAGUCGGACGGCGAAGGUCAUGGUAGCAGGACCACUGAGGUUUCUUUCCCAGACAGAAUCUGUCACGGCUUUUGCAGGAGACACGAUUCUGCUGAAGUGCGAAGUCGUUGGGGAGCCCAUGCCUGUGGUGCACUGGCAGCGAAACCAGGAGGACUUGUUCUUGAGCCCGUCUGACACGCGGGUGGCCGUCCUGCCCUCCGGAGCUUUACAGAUCAGCAGGGUUCAGCAUGGGGACAGCGGGAUCUACAGAUGCCUGGCGAAAAACCCAGCCAGCUCAAGAACUGGAAAUGAUGCAGAAGUCAGAGUUUUGGCAGAUCCAGGUUUGCACAGGCAGCAGUUUUUCCUGCAGCGACCAUCGAACGUGGUGGCCAUGGAAGGGAAGGAUGCUGUUCUGGAGUGCUGCGUUUCUGGGUACACCCCUCCCACCUUCACGUGGCUGAGAGGAGAUGAAGUGCUCCCUGUCAGGUCCAAAAAGUAUUCAUUACUGGCUGGCAGUAACCUACUCAUAUCAAAUGUGACUGAUGACGAUUCUGGGACAUACACGUGCGUCGCCACCUACAAAAACGAGAACAGCAGUGGCUCUGCAGAGCUGUCAGUGAUGGUUCCACCAUGGUUUUUAAUUCGCCCUUCAAAUCUUUAUGCCUACGAGAGUAUGGAUAUUGAGUUCGAAUGUGCUGUGUCUGGUAAGCCUGUUCCUACAGUGGAAUGGAUCAAGAAUGGAGAAGUGGUCAUACCUAGCGACUAUUUUCAGAUAGUGGGUGGCAGCAACUUACGGAUUCUGGGCUUGGUAAAGUCAGAUGAAGGUUUUUAUCAGUGUGUAGCUGAAAAUGAAGCUGGAAAUGCACAGGCCAGUGCACAGCUAAUCAUCCCAGAGCCUGCUGUCCCAAGUUCCAGUGCCCUCCCCUCUGCCCCCCGAGAUGUGGUCCCUGUUUUGGUCUCCAGCCGAUUUGUCCGUCUCAGCUGGCGCCCACCCGCAGAAGCCAGAGGCAGCGUCCAGACGUACACGGUCUUCUUCUCCAGGGACGGCGUCAACAGGGAACGGGCAGUCAACACAUCUCAAUCUGGGACACUUCAACUCACCGUGGGCAACCUGAAACCGGAGGAGACUUACACCUUCCGAGUGGUGGCAUACAAUGAGUGGGGACCAGGAGAGAGCUCGCAGCCCGUCAAGGUCGCGACGCAGCCGGAGCUGCAAGUUCCCGGGCCAGUGGAAAACCUGAGGGCUGUGUCCACCUCACCUACCUCGAUUCUUGUCUCCUGGGACCCUCCUGCCUACGCGAAUGGCCCCGUUCAAGGCUACAGGCUCUUCUGUACAGAGACAGCAACUGGGCGAGAGCAGAAUGUGGAGGUGGACGGGCUCUCCUACCGACUGGAGGGGCUGAAGAAGUUCACCGAGUACACCCUGCGCUUCCUUGCCUACAACCGCUACGGGCCCGGCGUCUCCACCGAGGACGUGACGGUCACCACGCUUUCGGAUGUGCCCAGUGCGAUGCCUCAGAACAUCUCCUUGGAAGUGGUUAACUCCAGGAGCAUCAAAGUUAGCUGGUUGCCUCCACCACCAGGUACUCAAAAUGGAUUUAUUACAGGCUAUAAAAUCCGACAUAGAAAGACUACCCGCAGGGGUGAGAUUGAAACACUGGAGCCAAACAACCUCUGGUACUUGUUCACAGGACUUGAGAAAGGAAGCCAGUACAGUUUCCAGGUGGCUGCCAUGACGGUGAAUGGGACAGGGCCCCCCUCGGACUGGUACACAGCAGAAACACCUGAGAACGAUCUCGACGAAUCUCAGGUUCCUGACCAGCCAAGCUCUCUUCAUGUCAGGCCCUUGACAACAAGUAUUGUCAUGAGUUGGACUCCGCCGCUCAACCCGAACAUUGUUGUCCGUGGGUACAUCAUCGGCUAUGGCGUGGGCAGUCCGUAUGCUGAGACUGUGCGAGUGGACAGUAAACAGCGUUAUUACUCCAUUGAAAAUUUGGAGCCCAGUUCCCAUUACGUGAUUUCCUUAAAGGCCUUUAACAACGCAGGAGAAGGGGUGCCUCUGUACGAAAGUGCGACCACCAGGUCAAUGACAGACCCCAUUGAUCCAUUAGAAGUUGAUUUUUAUCCUUUGCUUGAUGAUUUCCCUACCUCAGUCCCAGAUAUCUCCACCCCCAUGCUCCCACCAGUAGGUGUCCAGGCUGUUGCACUUACGCAUGAUGCAGUGAGGGUCAUCUGGGCAGACAACUCUGUCCCAAAGAACCAAAAGACUACGGAGGUUCGCUUCUACACGGUGCGAUGGAGAACGAGCUAUUCAACAAGUGCUAAGUACAAGUCAGCAGAUACGACCGCUCUGAGUCACACCGUGAUAGGUCUGAAGCCAAACACCAUGUACGAGUUCUCCGUCAUGGUCACCAAAGGUCGGCGGUCCAGCACCUGGAGCAUGACCGCGCACGCCACCACCUAUGAAGCAGCUCCAACUUCUGCUCCCAAGGAUUUGACAGUCAUUACACGGGAAGGGAAGCCCCGGGCUGUCAUUGUCAGCUGGCAGCCGCCAUUGGAAGCCAAUGGAAAAAUUACUGCUUACAUCCUCUUCUAUACUUUGGACAAGAAUGCUCCAAUUGAUGACUGGAUUAUGGAGUCCAUCAGCGGUGACCGGCUCACCCACCAGAUCAUGGACCUCAACCUGGACACCGUCUACUACUUCAGAAUCCAAGCUCGCAACGCCAAGGGAGUGGGGCCCCUCUCUGAUCCUAUUUUCUUCCGGACGCUGAAAGUUGAGCACCCUGACAAAAUGGCUAAUGACCAAGGUCGUCACGGGGAUGGGUCCUACUGGCCAGUGGACACCAACCUCAUUGACAGGAGCAGUCUGAACGAGCCCCCCAUCGGGCAGAUGCACCCUCCCCACGGCAGUGUCACGCCCCAGAAGAACAGCAACCUCCUCGUCAUCAUCGUCGUCACCGUCGGCGUCAUCACCGUGGUGGUGGUGGUGGUGGUGGCCGUCAUCUGCACCAGGCGCUCCUCGGCGCAGCAGAGGAAGAAACGUGCAACCCACAGCGCUAGUAAAAGGAAGGGCAGCCAGAAGGACCUGAGACCCCCAGAUCUGUGGAUACACCAUGAGGAGAUGGAGAUGAAGAACAUCGAGAAGCCAACGGGCUCGGACCCCGUGGGAAGGGACUCACCGAUGCAGAGCUGCCAGGACAUCACCCCUGUCAGCCACAGCCAGUCGGAAACGCAGCUGGGCAACAAGAGCACCCCGCAGCCUGGCCCCGAGACAGAAGAUGUUGGAAGCAGCAUGUCCACAUUAGAGCGCUCGCUUGCUGCCCGCAGAGCCACCCGUGCCAAGCUCAUGAUCCCCAUGGAUUCACAACCAAACAACCCUCCUGUGGUCAGUGCCAUUCCAGUGCCAACACUAGAAAGUGCCCAGUACCCUGGGAUCCUGCCGUCCCCGACCUGCGGAUACCCGCACCCGCAGUUCACCCUCCGGCCGGUGCCGUUCCCGACCCUCUCUGUGGACAGGACCUUUGGAGCAGGAAGAACUGUUAGCGAAGGACCAGCACCCCAGCAGCCGUCCUUGCUGCCGCAGCCGCAGCCUGAGCACUCCAACAACGAGGAUGCCCCAAGCAGAACCAUCCCCACCGCCUGUGUCCGCCCUACGCACCCCCUGCGCAGCUUCGCCAACCCCUUGCUACCUCCGCCCAUGAGUGCAAUAGAACCGAAAGUCCCUUACACUCCACUUCUCUCUCAAACAGGGCCUAACCUCCCCAAGGCUCAGGUUAAAACAGCGUCCCUUGGCUUGGCAGGAAAAGCCAGGUCGCCUCUGCUGCCCGUCUCGGUGCCCACGGCCCCCGAGGUCGCAGAAGAAGGCCACAAGCAGACGGAGGACUCCGCCAACGUUUAUGAGCAGGAUGAUCUGAGUGAACAGAUGGCCAGUUUGGAGGGGCUAAUGAAGCAACUCAACGCUAUCACAGGCUCGGCCUUCUAACAGCUCUUGAUGAAGCGAUAAUCAUCCAAGAGCAUUGCAGCAUACCAGGAUUUCACACAUACCACCCACCUACACCACCCCAUAAAGUCAUCUUGUUCCCGGUACCACUCAAUCAGUGCAGGGAAGAUUCCUGCAAUAUCCUAAAAGAAUGAUAAAAAGAAGAAAAAGGAAAGAAGAGUAAUGGAAAUGUUACAGAACUGUAGAUCGGGCAUCUAAAGCGAUGAAAGCGUGGCAAAGCGAAUUACGUCAUCACCACGGAGUCGUAGCUGAUGCCACCAGAUUGCUCAUUUUGAUCUACUAGUCUUCGUAGAGCUCAAGUUGUCAUGACUAACUCAUGUUUUACUCCGUAGAGGUUUGUAGCUCUUUGUGUAGAUCUAGUCUUACCUCAUACAAGUAUGUUUUUAAACAUAGACCAUGCCAUUAAUGAGACAGUGUUGUAGGUCACUUGUUUGGGUUGGUUUUGUUUUUUUUUUUUUUUCAAAUACGUAAUUGCUGACUACAAAAACACCCAUAGCAAAUAAACACACCACCACACCAAAAAUUUGGAAUUUCUCCCAACAGCACAAAAUGAAAAGACAAAUUACUAAUUUCUUUUGUUGUCUUUGUCACUCAUCUCACACGAGUAUUGGGGAUUAGCAAGUUGCUGUAAUAUUCAGCCAUUUUAGCAAGCGUUUGUAAAUCCUUCUGCAGUUAAAGUGUUAUGUAUGGCAAACAGAGAACCAGGAAUGUAAAAAAAAAAGAAAAAAGAAAAAGUCUGCAUUGCUGGCCUGCUGCCAGCCAGCCAGUGUACACUUGCAAAAAGAGGACAUAAUACGCAAUCUUCUCUGGCACGCAGUCAUUACGUGCUUAAACUUGUAAUAAAAGAUGUCUGUGCAUGGGUGGCCUUUGUGCCAGGCCGCCCCGGGAUGACACUGGGAAGUGCUACUGGGGCCACCGCGAGCCGGAGCAGAUCGAAAAAUGGAGCUGAAGUUUCCCCAAGCCUUUCGCACCCACCCCGCAUCCCCCUGGGAUGGCUCCGAGGACCCAUCCACCUGGGGUGACGAUGGGCAGAGGAUGAGGAGGGCAAAGGGGUGGCAGACACCGGGCGCUUCCCAUUGGGCAGGACACGAGCCCAGGGGAGGAACCGCAGGGGCCGGUAAAUAAUGGAUAAAUUAAUUAGGAGGUCUUUUCUGCAAGCAUAGUAUUGCCCGGUUGAGAUCAGCAGCACUCCGUGAGAACAGCAAGCAAAGAGCAGAGAGCAGCAGGACACGGUGCACCAUCUUUAGGGAUUCCCUCUCCUUGUCCUCGUGCUUUCGCUGCACAUUACAGUGUUUAUUGACAACGAUAACUGGUUGAAUUGACUAAAUUUUGUGUGCAUACAUUUUACUGCUAAAUUUUCAGCUGCAUUCAGCGUUAAUCCCUGUUUAUGCAGCUGAAUCACCAAAAGGGAACUAAUUUGCAUAUUUAUCAGUUAGGAGGCUGCGAAACCCAAUAAGAGAGUUUCAGAUGAAUUAUUCCAUUCAGCUCUGCCUUUGAUUUCAAGCUUGAGUGGGUCAUAAUUUUAAAAGAGCAUGGAAAGGAUAGGAUCUUUACAACCUAAUAGCUCCUUUUAUUAGGUGGGUAAUUAUAUGUGAAUCUCCGAAUAAAAUAUUUUGAGUAAAAUGGCACUGCAACAGAAGUAAUAAUUCAGAUUAUUUUCUAUGGCCCCAUGCUGGAAAGGAAAUCAGAUGUCAAGGAGGAAUUCAAAUGCUUCAUUUGGAUCUCUAGCAUGUUUGUGAAAAUGCUCCUUUAAAAAUGCCUUGUUAUUCAAUUUACUAAGAUUUUAAUAAAAUAUUUCUCAAGAGUGAGAAAUCUUGUUUCCAUGGGAGGCUGAGCUUUCCAGUUCUGAAAGAUUUGUAACCAAAAUCCUCUACUAAAAAUAAAAUGUACAAAUCUUUCUUGAUGAAAACCCGGCUCAGCUGGUAGACCCUAUAAAAUCAUUACCUCCAUUUUAACUCGAAAAAAAAGUAAGACUUAAUGCAGCUUUUGAAUAGCUCCCCGUCCAUAUUUGCAGAGAUUGAUGUUGAAAUAGGAACGUAAGGUCAAAUCUGUCUCUCACUUAUCAUUUGUGAACUAUCUCUUACCCUGGAUUUGCAGGAUAUCUGGGAGCAGAAACUGCCUUCAGGACUUUAAAGAGCAGCACUACACCGUCUUGAUCACAGAAUACUAAUCCAGGCCCAAGUGUACAACAAUCCCAAAUUGCCUGGGAAAAAAAAAAAAAAAAAAAAAAAAAAAAAAAAAAAAAAGACGAACCCAAUCAAAGAGUUUUUCAAGUUGGAUUUUGUUUGGCUUGGACACGAGCGUUGUAGCAUCCAGGCGCUCUGGUGUUGAGCGGCCGCUUCGUUUUGUUCAGGCGCCUCUCUCUCCGAUUUCGGCGCUGAGCCCCCAAAAGCCUGCAGAUUGAUCCAGCUUUUUUGCUGCCCUUUGAAGCGUAUCUGCUUCCGGGCUCAGCCCAUUUCGAUCAAUACCACUCGCCGACCAAGGCUGAGGUCCAUGCCGAAACAAGUCCCCGAGUACUCAGUCCGCGGGCAGGAACAACUCUUGCCAGCUCAACCCAAGCAACAGCCGCUCCCCACCCCCUUCCUAGAUAAAUUAGUGAGAAGUUUCUGCUUCAAUUUAAGUUCAGCAUUUGUCAGUAAAACUAAAUUAUUACCUAUAAACCCUGAGUUUUGGGGGUAGGGUGGUUGUUUUAAAUUUUCCUUCAGACCUACAGCCAAAAACGGGCUGUAACCUUCACCUCCCCUGGGCCACAUGACACUAAAUUUGGGUGUCAUUGUAGCCUUGGAGACAUUCCUGACCUUAAUUUGAGGACAAUUCUAGUAUAAUACCUAAUUAAUUAGUAAGCUGGCAUCUCUUUUAAAAUUUUACCUUAUGUGUGAACUACGUAACUUACAAAACUUGAAUGUUUUAGCAUGAAAUAUUUUGCUGGUGCUCUAUUUAUUUGCAGUGAGCUUGGUUGACAAUUUUUUUGGAUUGACAAAUUCCUCAACUGCCAGAACAUUUAUAGCCCAUGACUAUCUCAGCCAUGGACACUCCCAGAGAAAUAUAAUGAGAAAUCUGUCAAUCCUUGACAGGCUUGUGAAGCUCAAUGUUACCAUGGAAGAUCAUUAGCUAAUCAAAACAACAGGGCUGCCAUAAACAGGUGGGGGAAAAAAAAAAAAAAAAACGCAACAGCCAAAAAAUUAUCUAUUCUUUCUUUUUAAUUCCCCAUCCCCCUGCCUGCCCCCUCCCACACACCCCUUUUUCUUUUGCUCCAAUACCUAAAAGUGAAGCAAUAUCAAUGGUUCAAAAGGCUGAGCAAUCCCUAGCUCAGCAUCUCUGUCUGUGGGCUGCUUAGAUGUUCACUUUUGGGGAAAAGGUUCAGUCACUUUGAGAACUUAUCUAAUUUUUGGAAGGGGGAGGAUCAUCUGCUUGCUGUUCAUAUGAUCUUGAUUAUGUCAAGAGUUGGGGCUGGACAUUGAUACUGCCAGAAUUUGGCCGAAAGGUUUGUGGUGUCACUUCUCAGGGAGUGAUUACCAUCAUAUCCCCUGUACUGGUCUGGCUGUGCACCCUCACGUUUGGGAACUGGUAAUUCCCAGCAACAGGCAGCUGGAAAUUGGAGAAGCACAGAGAUAGUCACGUAGUUCUGAGCAGGACUGCCCAUUCCAGAGUUUCCCAACAGGUCUGCAGAUGCUUCUAAGGUUGAUCCUUGCGCCCCCCACAUCACCCAGCCCACUGCCAGUGCCAAUGCACGUCCCAGUAUGCUCUGUCAAAUUUGCACUGGUAGUGAAGGAAAUCUGAGCCAUGAGGCUUCUGUGUGGCUUGGGACAUGGUGUGUGGGAUGCUGCAAUAGGAUUCUGCUGCAAAGUGGCUGCUCUUUGCAUCAGCACUCCUUGAGUCUCUUAGUAGCUUUGCCUUUAUUUUUUUUACAGGAGCAUCUUUCCACCAUCGCCUUCCCAGAGCCAGCUCCUUUAAAAACUGGCUCGGGUAGGACUGCUGCAUGUCUAGCCUGAUUCCCUCCUUGACGUUUUUAAAGACCAGAUGAUUUUUUAAAAACCUUUCUCCAGAGCUUCUGGGCAUGAUGCUCACUGGCUCUGACAUCGUCUGCCGAAACAGACGGUGCAACCCAGAAAACACCAGGCAAAACGAUGGCAGGGCUGGUUCACACAUGGAAGGACGUGAGUGAGUUCACAGUGAGUCCAUCCCUGGGUCCUUCCAGCCCUUGGGAAGCACCAGAAUUUUUCUUCUGCCCUUGGCGCUGAUGGUGUAAUUCCUGCUGUAGCUCACUGGAAGUCCUUUCCCGGGACGCCCUCCUAGCUGGCACUUAAUCCCAAAUCUUGCAAAUCCGUAGGCAGGUGAUCGCACAUGCUGCUGCGAACAGGCACGAACCACCUUUAGCCAUACCGGUGGUAGAACCAGGCACAAACAUUUGCAGGGUGAGAGCUGGCAGCAUUGCCAAGUCGCUCAUUAAAUCCCCAAGCAGAUGUAGGUUAGGGAAGCGCUCUGCAGGCAGCGCCAGUGGGAAGCAGAAGGCAGCAAAUCUGCAACCCCUCAGCCUCAUUUCUGAGCUAGAUACCUGGAAGCUAGGUGGAAGAAGGGUUUUAUUACAAAAAUCACGGCUUCAUGGGUGAUCAGAGGUGGUUUUUCCUGUCAGCUUUGUUUCCCCGUGUCCCCGCUAGCUGCUCGGUGUCCUGGCUGGUGUUGAGCUGGGUUCUCGGAGGCUCCAUGUCCUCUUUUUUUAGCGUUCUCCGCAAAAGGUAUCGAACGCAUCUUCAUUCUUGUCUGGCUGGGCUGGAGAACACAAGAUACAGCCCCCACGUUGCGAGGCGGCCCGAGCCAGCGUGCUUCACUGUGUGCUAUACAUGCACGUCCAAGUGCGAGGAAGCAACAUCAGUAGGAGAAGGAACAAUGCUGUUUUUAUUCUUGUAAAAUAUACCUGGCAAUUCCUACGUGUGCGAAUUGCCGUCAUGUUGGGGAUAGGGCGGUCGGGGGGUGGGGGGAGGGUCUACUUUUUAUAAGUAAUAUUUAAUUUAUUAUUUAGAGUGUUUUCUUUUGGAUAAUUUAUGAUACAAGGGAAACCUGGCUGGAAACCUAGAGCAGGCUGUUAAAGCUGCAGUGUGCCCAUGUCCCCCUGCGCCGGGCUCUGGCCCUGCGUUAUGCGCCCCGAGCGUGAGGAUUCGGGAGGGUCGGGCAGCGGGACGGUGCCACGGAGACACCGGUCACCGCCCCUGUCACACACACCCCACGGCUGCCCUGAAGCACCGGCUCCAGCCUGCUAAUUCAACGUCCUGGCACUGGUGAAUGCCACUUAAAGGGCUUUGCAAGGUAAUUCAGAAAUUCUUAGCAUACUAGUGAUAUGUUUAUCUGAUAGAAAUGGGUUAUACUACAGCUUUAACUAGCCUUAGUUUAAAAAAAAAAAAAAAAUCUUGUUGUUACAAAAGGCCUAAAGAUGGCAUUUUGAGCCUAUAAACAGUUUCUUUAAAUUGUCAGACUCUAGCAUUGUUAACCAAAUUAGAAUAGUGACUGCAAUAUUUAAGUGUAAAUCUUGUUCUAUGACAAAAGAAACUUGCUUACAGUUUAAAAAUAAAUGACUGUUUCUACACACAAUCUUGUAUACUACUACAUGGAGUGAAAGGGGGUUUUGUAAUGCACUGUAGAACAGUCUCAUAUUCAUUUUUUAUAGAAAUGUUAUUCCAAUGGUGCAUUUUUUUUGUUUAAUAAAUAAAGUUUUGAUACAAA